UUGCAGGUGCUGGGUCGCUGGUCGUAUAUGUAGUCUCAGAGAGCGAUCAUACUGACACGGUCAGCCUGGGUUGAUACGCUGGAAACGAAGAUCACCUCCCAGGCCGAUGUCAUUCACGUUGAUAAUGUCGACGCAAUACCCGAUGACGGACAACCAGGCCCUCCGACCCCAGUAGUACCUUUGGAAACAGGCGCAAAGUGCGUCAUUCCCUUCACCCACCGCAACAAGACAUACUUGCUCCCAGCUAUGAUUCUCGCCCUUUCUCUUGAUCAAGUGCCGCCUCAUGGCACUUUGCUGCUCCUCACUCCCAUGACAAAUGGGACCCGCCCAUGCCCGUACUUCCUAGAAGGCCGUUGCCGCAGCUCGAAAUGCGGUCGGUCCCACGGUAUUUCCAUGGACGCCUCACUUCUGCUGCCUUACGAGCUUCUGGAUGGAGCAAACAUCAGGGAGACAUCGCAGGUACUGGCGCACUAUCAGGAUCUGUAUUUUCCGGCGAAAGUCGUUGCCGUUGAUCCGGGGAAGGGGUUCUGGGUGAAGUUUGAUGGGUAUGGUGAUGACAAGAGUCUGGUGGCGUAUGAUCAGAUCAUUCCAAUGAUCAUCAUCGAGUCGGGAGACGGCGCUGGCGGUGGAGGUGGGGAUGACACAGGGAUAAUUGAGGUUCACAGUAAUGGCGAUGCAUCUGAGGGGGUUUCGUCGGAAUCUGGCUCUGACUCUAAGUCUGGAGAUGAGGACGAUACUGGAUCGGACUCGGAUAGCGAGGCGGAACCCAUGACAUUUCGCUACGACGAUGGAGAGCUUAUGGGCGCGUGGGAGGUUCACACGAAAGGGAUAGGCGCCAGGCUACUUGCGAAAAUGGGCUAUGAGCCGGGGAAAGGGCUGGGCAAGGACGCACAAGGGAUGAUUCGACCUGUGGAAGUUUCGAUAAGCCUUCCAGGCAAAGGCUUGGGAUUUGAGAGGUCGAGCGGCGCUGAACACUCCCACCAUCAUCGAAGAAAAAGACCACGCGACGCUGAAGGCGCAGAGCAUAAGAAGCGGAAACACAAGCGGCGGAAGGGCCAUGCUUCAGCCACCCUCAACAAUCGUAUAGGGCCACCCGAGAGUCAACGGACGGAAGCUACAACCGAUGUUUUCGAUUUCAUCAACACGUCGCUCAACAAGCGUCCACCGCCGGCCAGUUCAUCGCAGUCUCAGCAACAACCUUCCACAGCCUCACCGCGCACCAAAACCACCGCCUCACAACCGUCUCCAUCUCAGUCUGUAAACAACCACGUCCAAAUCCUCCAACUGCAAUCCAAGUCCGCGCAAAUACAAAAAGAGCUUGCGCGAGCUCGUGUGGCGCUUGCCAGAAACGCAAAAGACAAGAAGGUGUCAGCGGCCUAUACGGAGCGGAUACGUAAUUUGGAACAGAGGUUGGGUGAAACUCGGGCUAAGGAAGGGAGGUUGCAGGGUGCGGUGGAUGGAGAGAAGCGUAAGAAGAGAAUGGUCAAGUUUUGAGCUUCUAUGUAUAAGGGUUGUCAUCUAUCUGGAAUCCAGAUCGCCUACACGGUCUCCCGGCAAGGCAGGC